AUGGGACAGCAGCCCAGCAGCCCAUUGGCGACCUGCCUCAACACUGUCUGUAACGGACGGCCAUUGUGCGUUGGCUAUCCAAGCGACCCUCUCUUCCAGGUCAGCUGGGUGAAGCCGUACAACCUUGAUAUCCCAGUCAAGCCCGUCGCCGUCACCAGGCCCUCAACCAAGGAAGACGUCGCCGGUUUCGUUAAAUGUGCCGCAGCCAACAAUGUAAAGGUCCAGCCAAAAUCAGGCGGGCAUUCUUACGCCAACUUUGGCCUGGGUGGCACUGAUGGCGCCCUAGUCAUCGACCUUGUCAAUCUUCAGCACUUCUCCAUGAACACAAAUACUUGGCAAGCAACUAUCGGCGGAGGUCAUAGGCUGCACGACGUAACUGAAAAGCUGCACAACAACGGCAAGCGCGCAAUGUCCCACGGAACAUGCCCCGGUGUUGGCAUCGGCGGUCAUGCCACCAUUGGAGGCCUGGGACCCAGCUCACGGAUGUGGGGAAGCUGUCUGGACCAUGUCCUCGAAGUCGAGGUCGUUACUGCGGAUGGUAAGAUCCAGCGCGCAAGUGAGACCCAGAAUUCGGACCUGUUCUUUGCCCUCAAAGGUGCCGGCGCCGGCUUCGGGAUCAUCACCGAGUUCGUCGUCAAGACCCACCCCGAGCCUGGCAAGAUUGUACAGUACUCAUACGCCAUCACCUUUGCCCGCCACCGUGAUCUUGCUCCGGUGUUCAAGAAAUGGCAGGAUCUCAUUACCGAUCCGAACCUGGACCGCCGCUUCGGUAGCGAGUUCGUCAUGCAGGAACUCGGCGUCAUUAUUACGGCCACCUUUUUCGGAACCGAAGCCGAGUUUAAGCAGACGGGUAUACCGGAUCGCCUACCCGCUGGGAAGGCCUCUGUUGUAGUUAACGACUGGCUUGGCGACGUUGCCCAAAAGGCCCAGGACGCAGCACUCUGGCUGAGCGAGAUUCAAUCACCAUUCACGGCCAAAAGUCUCGCCUUCACGCGCGACGACAUUCUGUCUGACAAAGCCAUUCAGGAUCUGAUGAACUACAUCGAUGCUGCUGACCGCGGCACCCUGAUCUGGUUCCUCAUCUUUGACGUCACAGGCGGUGCCAUCAACGACGUGCCCUUGAAUGCGACUGCCUACCGUCAUCGCGACAAGAUCAUGUUCUGUCAAGGCUACGGCGUUGGAAUUCCCAUACUCACACAGAAGACCAAGAACUUUAUAUCAGGCAUCGCGUCGACAAUCCGUCAGGCGAGCCCGAACGAGCUGAGUACUUAUGCCGGCUAUGUCGAUCCAGCGCUGGCGAACGCGCAGGAAAGUUACUGGGGGUCAAACCUGCCGACUCUCCAGCGUAUCAAGGCUGCGUGGGAUCCGAAAGACAUAUUUUCAAACCCGCAGAGCGUCCGGCCGAACGCCAACGCGUAG